AUGACUAGCCCUUGCACUCUAACCCCGCCGAGCCACGGGACCCCAUCGCUAUGCAGUGACUGCACCGCUCUCCCCCUUUCCCUUCGAGAAUUCACAGUUCUCAAGUCCAAUCCCACUGCUCCCACCCCCGAGUCGGACACAACUCCCCUAAGGCUCGACCCCAUUGACCUCGGCUUUCUCGAUUCGAUCUACGAUCGCCGGUGGGGUUGCCAAUUCUGCCGCCUCAUCUACGAUGGCGCCCGUGCAGGCCCCAAAUGCGAUCUCCGAGAUGAUGGCCGUGACAAGGAUGGGAACCGGAUUUCCUGCCGACUUGAGUGGCAGCUCGAUACGCGCGCCUCCGCGAGCUUGCCCAUGACCCGACGCCUCCGCGUCUCCACCUCGUGCGGAUCCGUCCCCUUUUUUCAUAUCGUUCCGCUGGCGGUAGACGACCAGUCGUCGAUGAUGCUAGGCUUCGGGAAGAGAAUCACCCCUCAGGCCAAUCUUCCACUGGUCGGCCAAUGGUUCCGGACCUGCACGCAACAGCAUCCAUGCGGGCACCCAGCCCGGGGCUCGAAUUCGAUCCGGCCGGCAAGGCUUCUCGAUGUAAGCAACCACCCCGUCCGAUUAGUCCCGACGCCAUCCCCCCAUACUGAGUACGCGGCCCUGAGUUACGUCUGGGGCAAGUUCAUCCCUGCGGGGGUGGAUUGGGACACCCUGCGCAAAUACUCCUCCACAGUCAUCGACCAGGUCCCCCUGACCGUCCGGAAUGCCUUCCACGUGGUCCGCUCCCUCGGAAUCAACUUCAUCUGGGUGGACGCCUUUUGCAUCAACCAGGGGGAUCAGCAGGAUGUCAGGCGGGAGAUCGCAAUCAUGGACCGCAUCUACCGCAACGCCGUGCUGACGGUGUGCGCCGCCUCCGGUACAUCGACGGAUGGAAUGUCCGGAGUCGAUGGUGUCACGCGUCAUCCAGCGCAGGGCUAUGCAGCGAUGGACCGACUCCAGUUAACUACCCUCCCUCCGGUCGCCGACUUGAUCGCUGCAACCCAUUGGGAUUCUCGGGGCUGGACGUUGCAGGAGCGGCUGUUAUCGCGACGGUGUGCGGUGUUCACCCCAACGGAAAUCCUCUGGCAAUGUCCGCAUGCGACCUGGCGCGAAUCAAUCUCCCUCCCGUUGGACCGGGGGCUCUGGACCUUGGAUUUCAUCGACUCGCCAUACAUCGGGUUGCAGGAGAACCCCUUACGACGGUAUGCGUCGUGCGUGGACAUCUACAGUGGUCGGACCUUAACGUUUACGAGAGAUAAGUUGUUGGCCUUCGAGGGCCUGGGGCAGGAUUUGGCCACAGGGCUCAAUUCGGAGCUGCUUUUUGGCCUCCCACGCCGGUAUUUCGAUUGGGCGGUCCUGUGGGAGCCCAAGGCCGUUGGUUCACGACUUCCGCAUCCGAGCGACUCCCUCCCCCCGGCUAGCUUUCCCAGCUGGGGCUGGUGUGGGUGGGACCAUGCGGUGGAAUGGCGUCUCUCGACGUUGAGUGGGGCUCUGUUCGAUUUGCAUGCCUGGUUGAUGACUCGGACGUGGAUUGUCUGGCGCUAUGCUGGGGAGGAUGGUAGCUGGGAACUUGUCUGGGACCGUGAGCAACCAUCGUCCGGCGCAUUUGACCGUGGCCGAUGGGAGGGGUAUCUCCCCGAGCAUCGGUUUCCCUACGGCCGAUCUCCCAUGGAUAUCGACCAGGUUAUUGGCGACUUUCACAGCCCCGAGGAUACGGACGCACCUGCCACCCCGCCCUCCAAGGCUACGCAAUUAGCCUUUACCACCUUCACCGGCCGCUUCCGCCUAUCCACCAAAAGCUUAUCCACUGCAGCAUUCUCCUCGGAUCUCGGACCCGGCCUUCGCCGUUUCGGCAUUGUGGAUGGGGCGGGCGACUGGUGCGGGACGGUCGUUCUGGGAGAGAAGGAAUGGAUGCCCCGCGUCGAGGGGGUAUUUGAAUUUGCGGCCAUUUCGACGGCGAAGGACUUCUCCAUGGAGGAGAUGGACACGUGGAAUUACUAUAUUCCCGAGAAACAGCACCAGGGCGAUUGGUAUUGCUUCUAUGCGUUGAUGAUCAUGCCGGUUCGGGAUGAGGUGUUUGAGAGGGUGGGGUUGGCGAAGAUUUUUGCCUCGGCGUUUCGGAUGGGGUCGAUUGGGAGGACGAGGUGGAGGAGGAUUAUUUUGGAGUAGAUGGCCAUAUCCAGGGCUAUUGCUUGGUGGGGGCUUUGGAUUGAGCUGGUACAUCUUGAAGUUAUCGGGAAGUAGGGUGCAUGACUGGAACAGCAAGCAGGAAUAUAUAUCGGCACCGACGCAAACGAGCU